UCACUAUCCCUCAUUAAAAUUUAAAAUGAUGAAUCAAUUGCAGAAUUGCUAAUCUGCUAAAAGCUCAUUAACGACCCACAGUAUUCAAUGAACGGUGAACAACCUCAAUCCCGUCCUCCGUUCUCCUAUCAUGUCUUCCUGAGCUUCACAUCCCAAGAAGAAUCCGUCAACACUUUCACCGAUCACCUCUACACGGCUCUGAAGCAAGCCGGAUUCAGCAGCUUCAGACAAGAAGACGGCGGAACUGACGGGCAAAAGGCAAUCCAAGAAUCGAAGGUUUAUAUUGUCGUGUUGUCGGAGAACUAUGCACGCUCAAGAUCCCGCCUUGAUGAACUGGCGAUAAUUCUUGAGCGGAAAAGGGAAUUUGGGCAUUAUUAUGCAGUUUUGCCUGUUUUCUACCGAGUGGAUCCUUCUGAUCUCAGGAAGCUCACGGGGAGAAUUGGUGAGGCAUUGAAUUGGAUUGGGGAGAAUGGAGGGAGCCAAUGGAAGGAGAAUGUGAAAAAGUGGAAGCAGGCUUUAAUAGAAGUUGCAGACUUGGGAGGGAUGAUCUUACACAACCAAGCUAAUGGGCAUGAAUCUAAAUUCAUCCAGAAGAUCCUUAGAGUGGUAGAAAAUAAACUGAGCCGGCCAGCAUUGAGCACUUCUAAUAAGCUGAUUGGAAUACAUCGCCGAACUGAAAAUAUCAAUUCAUGGCUACAAGACAGAUCAACUGAUGUUGACAUUCUUGUGAUUUGUGGGAUGGGUGGUAUAGGAAAGACCACCGUUGCCAAAUAUGUGUUCAAUCUGAACUAUCCUAAAUUUGAGAGGAGCAGCUUCCUGGCAAACAUUAGAGAUAUGUCAAAACAGCCAAAUGGUUUAGUCACUCUUCAAAAACAACUUCUAUAUGACAUUCUCGGAAGGAAGAAGGAAAAGACAUUCUUUGUUGAUAGAGGUAUAAAUGAGAUUAUAGAUGCUGUAAGUUGUAAGAAGCUUCUUCUUGUCCUUGAUGAUGUUGAUCAACGUGAUCAAUUAGAUGCAUUAUUUGGCAUGAGGGAUUGGUUUUACCCGGGAAGUAAAAUUAUUGUGACAACUAGGGACAAGAGGUUAUUUAGACCUUAUGAAAUUUAUAAGAUGUAUGAGCUUGAAGGUUUGAAUAGCAAUGAAUCAAUUGAGCUCUUGAGUUGGCAUGCUUUUGGCCAAAACCAUCCUCAUGAGGGCUAUUUGGAAUAUGCAGAAAAGGUUGCAAGUCAAUGUGGUGGACUUCCGUUAGCCCUAGAAGUUAUAGGUUCUUCUUUGGCAGGAAGAGAUGUUGCUCAAUGGGAAAGUACGAUAAAAAAGUUGGAAGUUAUCCCCAAUCAUCAGAUCCUCAAGAAACUUAGAAUAAGUUAUGAGUCCUUAGAAGAUGAUCAUGAUCAGAAUUUAUUUCUGCAUAUAGCUUGUUUCUUUGUUGGAAUGGAUAGGGAAUAUAUUGUUACAAUUCUAAAUAGUUGUGACUUUUACACUGUUGUUGGGAUUCAGAAUCUCAUUGAUAGAAAUCUAGUAAAAACCAACGAAUCUAACAAGCUGACUAUGCAUCAAAUUAUUCAGAAUAUGGGGAGAGAAAUUGUUCAUCAAGAAUCACCCGUUGAGCCUGGGAAGCGCAGUAGACUCUGGCGUUCCAAGGAUUCCUUUAAUGUGUUGCUGAGAAAAUCUGGGACCAAAACAGUUCAGGGUAUGAUACUUGACAUGGAUAUGCUCAAGGAAGAUGGAACAGCAAGGACAACCUUUCCUUUUAGUCAUUUCAAGAAACGCAAACUUGAAUUUCUUGAAAACUCAUGUGCUCAAAAAUGUAAAAUGCAACCGAAGGCACCCUUUUAUCUAUGGAAUCUGUCAUACAGUACAGAAGUUUCAGAAGAACAAAUCCUAAAUACUGAUGCAUUUGUGGAAAUGCACAGAUUAAGACUGCUCCAUCUUAGUUAUGUCCGACUGAUUGGAUCACACGAAACCAUUUCUAAGAGACUAAGAUGGCUAUUCUGGUUAGGACUUCAGCUUAAAUGCUUACCAGCUGAAUUUCCAUUUGAAAGCAUAGUUGUGAUUGAAUUACGCUACAGCAGAUUGAAGCAAGUUUGGCAAGGAACAAAGUCCCUCAGAUUUUUGAAGAUUUUAGACCUCAGUCAUUCAUACGAUCUUUUGAGGACACCUGAUUUCUCUGGUCUCCCGAGUCUUGAAAAAUUGAUGCUUCAAAACUGCGUCAGUUUAGUUGAGGUUCACGAAACCAUUGGAUUUCUUGAAGCACUAGUUCUUUUGAACCUUAAAAAUUGCAAAGAACUUUGGGGGCUACCGGAUAGCAUUUGUAUGCUGAAAGGUCUUGUGACACUUAAUAUAUCCGGUUGCUCAAAUCUUGAAUACAUUCCAAUGGAUAUUGAUAAAAUGGAUUCACUGAAAGAGCUAUAUGCUGAUGGAACUGCAAUAAACCAAGCCAGAGACGGGGUUGGAUCAUGGCAUGCAUUCUUGAGAUCUUGGGUGUGGAAAGGCAGGGUGUUCCCUAAAAUUUCACCGAUAUUUUUACCAAACUCUCUAGUUACUUUAAGCCUUGCCAAUAGCCAUCUAUCUGAUGAUGCUUUUCCAAUUGCCUUUAGUAACCUCUCCUUACUAGAGCAUUUAGAUUUGGGCCAAAAUCCUAUUUCCUGCCUACCAAACAGCCUCAAAUAUCUUACUAGGCUCCUAAAGCUAGAAGUGGAAAGUUGUGAAAGUCUCAAAUCACUUGUUGGAUUGCCCAAUAUAGAGCAUCUGAAUGUAACCAAUUGCUGGGCACUUGAGAAAAUAUCAUACCAGUCAAGAUCGUCGAAAUUGAAGGACCUGAUUUUGUCAAAUUGUAUUGCUCUAGCUGAAAUAGAAGGAAAUUUUAAGUUAGAGCCACUAGAAAAUACUGAUGUGGAAAGGCUAUGGAACUUGGGUUUAUCGAACUUCAAACCAAUGGAAAAUGUUUUGAUUGGUUUUACAUCCAAGAUUCUCUGUUAUUACAGGAUAUAUUCGCAAGGCUGGAUCCCUUCAAGAAAGAUAAGAAAGCUUCCUCCUCAGGGAGUGUCCCAACCUGGCAUCUUUAGCACUUUUCUUCCUGGGGAACAUGUGCCUUGUUGGUUCAGCUCAAAGUUCACAGAACCAUAUACAUCUUUACAAAUUCCUUUCCUACAUAACUCUAGAGUUAAAGGCUUGAGCUUCUGCGUUGUGUAUAAGCGAUCAAAGGUUGGGGAAUCUAAACGCACUAACGCGAUGCGCCAACAGCUGACAUUUUCCAAAGCACUCGUUGCUCGACAGAGAAGUCUUGGCAGGCAGAAAGGCGGGAUAAGCAGCAGGCGUGUCACAUAUAGGCCUUUGGAGAAUAAAGAAUAUGAAACGAGCUUCGACUGCCCGAGCAUUACAGUAGAAAACGUGAGAAGAUGUUGGAGGCGGUCGAGGCAGCCGGUGUUCUAUGGAGUCCCGGAUGGCAAGGAAGGGAUGAUGUGGUUAAGUGAUUGGCGGUUUGGGAGAGAUGAGUUGAGUUGUGAUGAUGGUGUGGAGGUGUCAGUUAGUGGUGGAGAUGGCAUUGCAGUGAAAGAGUUUGGAGUGAAGGUUUUGUACGUGGAUGAGGGUUCAGAAUCAAGUAUGGUGUGGGUCAGUGAGUCAUGCAGGGAAAGGGAAAGGGAUGCUAGUUUUGGAGAAGCAUAUGGGUUUUCUGUACGACUCCCUCCUACUUAUCGUUCCCUUCAACGUGCUCGAGAGUCAUAUUUAGAUUCGGUGCCUCAUUAGAAUUUACAAGUCUUUGGAUGUGCACCUGGUAUGGUAUUUCAAGCAUUCUGCAUACUUGGCCUACGAUUGUUAUGCCAUGGGCAAGUGUUCAUCUCACACUGUGAAUUUUGGGUCCAAAAAUUAUGUAUCUGCCUUUAACGUAUAUCUAUUAUGUAUCUUCAGUUAAUAAAUUAUGUGCAUAUAAAUAAAUUGAAGUCAUAUAUAUGCUAA